GAUUACCAGUCAAAUUGAAGUGGGCAGCUCGAUCACAAUGAUGUUGCUACGUCGACCGGCGCCGGCGAUGCGACCGUUCCUUGGCGCCAUGGCAUUGUCGAUGGAGCGGCGAGCCAUGCCUCAAGGAGAAUCUGGCAAGAAACGCAAGGUGAAGGUCGCCCUUGUGACAGGGUACACGGGGACGGGGUACCACGGCGUGCAAAUCCAGGAGAACGUGAACGUACCGACAGUUGAACACGCCGUGCGCGAGGCCUUGUUCAAGGCGGGGUGCAUCCUUGAAUCCAAUUACGGCGACAUGUCCAAAAUCGGUUGGUCGCGAAGCAGUCGGACUGACAAGGGUGUGCAUGCUUCGUCCAUCGUGUUGUCGGGGAAACUACUCGUUCAUGGAAACCGAAUUGAUCCAGUGAGCGGUCGCAUUGCACACCUUCCCGAUCAAAUCAACGCGUACUUGCCUCAAGACAUCCGCGUGUUUACUGCGACAAAGGUCCAUCAGUCGUUCCGUGCAAGAGAGGACUGCAUCCUGCGCGAGUACGAGUACUUUUUGCCGCUAUCGUUCUUGUCCUCACUCUGUCCGCCCGAAAUAUCUGCGGACGACGCGCUAAAGACAUUCUUGGAAACGCUGCCCAAGUUUGAAGGAAUUCAUGACUUCCACAACUUUACCAAGCAGCGGCGGCACUUUUACAAGCUCGAGGCGCAGAAGCUGCUGGCCAAGGAGCGCCGUCGCCAGAGAAAUGCCCAAGACGAGGUUGUCGACGAUGCGACGCCCGACGAAGAAGUUGUGGAGAAUGAAGGCGAUGACAUCGAAGCCGAACCCAACGACAUAUCGUUGGUCAACGGCGUCCGAAAAACGCUGCAGCGCCACAGUCGCUCCAUCUAUGCGUGUCGUGGGGCUUUAGUCCCCGAUGUCUUUGGCGAGCCCUUCAUCCACAUCCACCUCACGGGCGGGUCGUUCCUGUUCAACCAGAUUCGAUGCAUGGUCGGUGGCGCGAUCGCGGUGGCCACGGGUGCCAUGGCGCCGACACUGUUUGACGCAGCUCUCCGAACAAACCAUGUCGUGCAUGUUCCGACGGCGCCCGCGGAAGGCCUCGUCCUGUCGAGCUGUGGUUUUGGGGCCAAGCAGCACUUGAUCUCGCUCCUUCGCGACCACAACACGCCCAGGAACUUGUUUGCGGGCUCCAACCCCAACCAAGCGCCCCACCGUGUCCUUGUAUCUGACACCGAGGACGAGCUACACCGCAUGCUGCAGUUUCGAAACGAGGUGAUAUACAAGGAAGUCGUGCGCAUGUGGCAUGUCAGUGAGCAUGUGGCGGCGUGGCCAACCCAUUUUGCGUCGUGGACGGAAAAAUUCAACGAGACGACAGACGAACGUACCCUCCGCGUCGCUCUGGAAAAGGUACUGGCCGACGACGCGAGCAAGGCUGCGUACAGCGAUCGAAUCGUGCGGGAGGCCCGGGUGAUAGGCGACGCCGUCAAGGUCCUCCCGAGAGCGUUUAGCACCGUCGUGUGCAUUCAUUUCGGCAUUACGCCUGGGGCGUACAUCGCCGACGCGAUCGCGGGCCUCAAACUGCGCAUUCUGGACCACUCGUUGCCCGUGGACGCGACGCAAGAAGACCUGCUCGACUACAUGAGCAAUAUUGGCCUCGACACGCUGGCACGAAUGGGUCGGACAGGCAUGUAGAGGAGUAGGAGCCCUGUCGGGUGACCGAUAGAGUUGCAUGUCGCAAUGCAAAUGAUUUGAGCGGUGGCGAUACCGCUGUGGGCAUGGACCACGAGUCGUUCUUUGGGGCAAGUCCCAUCGACGGCUGACCGCGACUUUUUGUUUGCUCAUAUGUACAUGCCGAUCGAGAUCUGCU